CGCCGGGACCCCCUCCUCAAUCUCCAGCUCCACACCAGCGCCAAACGAGCUCGGCUCCCUUCAUCCAGGACUCUGAGAGCCGUCUCGCUGAUGUCCUUUCUCGGCUCGCUUUUCGGAUCCAGCGCACGCGCAGAGAACACCAUGUCGUACCCUGACAAACGAACGGAUGAAGAAUGGAGGGCAGUUCUCAGUCCAGAGCAAUUCCGAGUAAUCCGCCAAAAAGGCACGGAGCCCGCAUUCACUGGCGAAUACGACAAACAUCAUCCCUCAGCGGGAGUCUACAAUUGCGCCGCAUGCGAUGCUCCUCUCUACAAAGCCGACACCAAAUUCAAAUCUGGCUGCGGCUGGCCAGCCUAUUUUGACGCAAUCCCCGGCGCUGUGACGAGACAUGUCGAUAAUGCUUUUGGCAUGGAGCGAACGGAGAUUGUGUGUAGCAACUGUGGAGGCCAUUUGGGGCAUGUCUUCAAGGGCGAAGGGUAUCCGACGCCGACUGAUGAACGGCAUUGUGUGAAUAGUGUGAGUUUGAAAUUCUCCGAGAAUGCUGCGGCAUCAGAGGGGAAGUAGCUCCAUAUAUGUCAAAUAUAAGCUCAGCGUGUGUAGAAUACUAAAUUGUAAAAUUUUAUUGUACUGUAGCGGUCUGAUCAGAUAAUAGAUAGUAUUUAAUGAAGGCCUACAGAUAAGCGCUUCCUCGCC